GCAGUCAGCACUGAAAUAAGAUGUAGAAGGCUCCGGCAAUAAAAACGUUGUUAUCCUAAAGCUUGAUUUGUCAGAUACCAAGUCGAUCAAGGAGUUCGCAGAGGUCAUCAACUGGGAGGAAAGCAAACUGAACCUCCUUAUCAACAAUGCUGGAGUAAUGGUUUGCCCCAAUGGGAAAACAGCAGAUGGCUUUGAGAUGCAGAUCGGUGUCAACCACAUGGGUUUCCAAUGAAAGGUUAGACGAAGAUAUAAAAAGGUUUAACAAGAAAAUGCUGUCAGUACCAACCCAGGAUUCACUGCAGACAAGCAGCAUUCACCUUCAUAAGUUGAAUAUGGGGGACACUGAAGAUGAAAUCGCUGUCAUUGGCAUGGGAUGCAAUUUUCCAGGAGGAGAGGGGCUUCAACAUUUCUGGAAUGUGCUGUUGGAGGGGAGGAACUGUGGUGGGCCAAUUCCAAACGAAAGAUUUGACAUGUCCGAAUGGUAUGACCCAGACGACAACAAAUCCGGAAAAUCCCGCACGCAAAAAGCUGCUCUCAUUGAUGGGUUAAAUGAAUUUGAUCACAAAUUCUUCGGUAUGUCAGAAACUGAAGUAGAACAAAUGGACCCUCAGCACAGACUCCUUCUUGAGAGUACAUAUAGAACUUUAGAGAAUGCUGGACUGCCAAUGGAAAAGGCAAGUGGGACCAGAACAGGAGUAUUUGUGGGGCUUAUGAACAGAGAUUAUGAGAGUUGUGCUGUACAGAGAAGCCCAAAUAGUAUCAACCACUACACAGGCACUGGCAUGGUUAUGAGCAUAGCAGCCAAUCGAGUCUCCUACAUGUUCAAUCUCACUGGACCCUCACUGUCCAUUGACUGUGCCUGUUCAUCUUCUCUGGUUGCUAUUCAUUUAGGAUGUCAAGCAUUGAAACAAGGUGACUGUGAGAUGGCUCUGUGCGGGGGCGUCAGCUGUAUUAUAAACCCAUGGAUCUUUGUCGCUCUCAGCAAAGCAAAGAUGAUCUCACCUGAAGGCACCAGCAAACCUUUCUCCAGCAGAGCAGAUGGCUACGGCAGGGGUGAAGGCUGUGGGAUGGUGUUGUUAAAGCCAUUGAAACAAGCUCUCAAGGAUGGCAACGAAAUAUGGGGCAUCAUCAGCAAAACUGCUGUCAACCAAGAUGGCCGCUCAGUCACUCCAAUCACCAAGCCAUCCAUGGUCCAACAGGAGGCGCUGCUGCGCACCAUCUACUCUGCAUCUGACCUGUCCAAUGUCCAGUACAUCGAGGCUCAUGGGACUGGAACCCCAGUUGGGGACCCUAUAGAGGCAGGGACCAUCUCCAAAGUUAUCGCCACAGCCAGACCUCCUGGCUCAGACACACUCCGCAUCGGCUCUGUGAAAGGCAACAUCGGCCACACAGAAUCUGCAGCUGGAGUCGCAGGGCUGAUCAAGGUACUUUUGAUGAUGAAGUAUAAAACCAUAGUACCUUCUGUCUUCUACUCUGAGGACAGUGCCAGUAUAGAUGUCAAAGCCCUGAAUUUGAAAGUUCCAACCAAACCAGAAAAGUGGUCAGAUGCUGUUAUGGUUGCAGGAAUAAAUAACUUUGGUUUUGGUGGAACAAAUGCACAUGCUAUUGUCAAACAAUACAAGCAGACUCACACUCCUAAAAAGAGCGGUAGGAAAUCUCACAAGUGCUUUGUCCUAUCCGGAAGUUCCAUCAAGUCGAUUGAUAUGAUGAUGGAGGACACAAUUCAGCAGAUAGAUGAAAACAGCGAAUUUGACCUAGAAAGUCUCGUCUACACAUCUGCGUGUAGGAGAAGCCACUUGAAACACAGGUACAGGCGGGCUUUCAUGACCUCCACUCUGGCUGAUCUGAAAAACCAACUGAAAUUGACGCUGAAUAAAAACAUUGCCCUCUCAAAUCCAGAUACAAGGCUAGUGUUUGUCUUUUGUGGAAAUGGUGUGACCUACCAGGGCAUGUGCAAACAGCUUCUGAGAGAGGAACCUGUGUUCAGAGAGAAGGUCAGGGAAGUUGAGAGCCUUUUCCAGAGGUUCAGUAACAUGGCAAUCUUAGACAGACUGGAGGUUGAGUCUGGGGUUGAUGAUUUUUCAAAACCAGAGGUUAUCCAGCCUCUACUCUUCGCCGUUCAAGUUGGCAUUGCCAGUCUCCUGAAGCACUGGGGCGUCCGACCUGACGCUGUUCUUGGGCACUCUGUUGGAGAGGUUGCUGCCGCCCACUGUUCUGGCCUCUUGUCUCUUGAGGAUGCUGUGAAGGUGAUUUAUCACCGCAGCAUCUUACAGGGUAUGGUCACAGGUGGAAAAAUGCUUGUGAUUAGCAACAUGGCAGUGUUGGAAAUCUUGAAGAUGCUUCCAGAUUACUCUGGAAAGAUUUGCAUGGCUGCAUACAACAGCCCACAGUCUUGCACUCUUUCCGGUGAUGCAGAUGCUAUUAAGAGUCUCCACCAGAAGUUAAGCAUGUCAGACAAGAGUAAAACUCUGUUCUUCCAUAUCCUGGACGUUCCUGCCGCUUACCACAGCCAUUUGAUGGACCCCAUCCUAACCCAAAUAGAGGACAGGGUUGGCUCUUUGAAGGUGAACGAGACAGAAACUAAAUUGUUCUCAACAGUGACAGGGAAGGAGGUGGAACAGGCAGACUUCACGACAGGGAAGUACUGGGCCAGGAACAUCCGAGAGCCUGUUGCUUUUGAGCAGGCGGUGAGGUCUGCAGCCGACCAAAAGAAGAAUGUGGUCUUUGUAGAGAUAGGCCCCAGAAGGGCUUUACAGAGGAACAUUAUGGAGACUCUCGGAAAGGACAUCACAGUCAUCUCUUCUGUGAAACCAGAGAAAGAUCAUGAGACAAUGCUUUCUGUCUUCUCCAAACUCUUUGAGCUUGGAGUCUGUGUUGAUUGGGACCAGUUCUACAAGGGAUGUGAGGUCUCACCAACACCUUUCCCAAGGUAUAGGUUUGAUUAUAAAAAGGUAGAGCUUAUCAAUGGAAAAUGGCAGAAAGAGACGUCCAGUAAUCACAAAGCGCUAAGCCAGAACAGUGACGGCGAUGGCUUUAGCUGUGAUCUGUCUUUGCCAUCUUUAUCUUACCUCCUGGAACAUAAGCACAAUGGUGUCCCUCUCUUGCCAGGUGCCUUCUAUGCUGAUUUGGGUUUAACUGUUGCGCUGGAAAGUGUCAAACCAAAGGUUCCACUUAAUACCCUGCAACUCAGCAUUGACUUUCUGAGCCCAUUCAUUCUCACACAGAAUGCACCCGAGAUUCAAGUGCACGUUGAGCCUCAUGAAGGUAAAACACGUUUCAAAAUGCAGUCUUCUACUGCAACCUAUGCAAUGGGUAUAGUUGUGUGCAAGCGAGAGAGACUGAUUGAGGAGCAGAACAUUUCCUUGAGCUCCAUCUACAAGACAUGCAAGCUACUGAUUACUUCUGAGAAGCUUUACUCUGACCUAAACUCGAUUGGAUUUCAGUAUGGUAAUGUUUUCCAAAACAAGGGGGAUAUACACUACGGGGAUGAAUUUGGGGAGGCUAUUUCAGUUGUCACUGUUUCUGAGGAGUUGCUGCCUGAAUUGCAUGACUAUUGCAUUCAUCCCAUAGUGUUAGACUACCUGAUGCAACUUUUUCCUAUUGUUUCCAAUGUAUUUGAUGGAAGGCCAGGGUUCCCAGCCAGAAUUGGAAGUUUGACUGUAAAUGAACCCCUGCAAGAAGAGAUGAUCAUCUAUCUGAGAGCCACUAAAGUGGAGGAUCGUCAGUUUGAGGUGUGUGGCUGCUUCGCAGACAAAGAGGGCAGGGUGUUGGUUGAGCUUCGGGAUGUGUUGAUCAAGUACCUAGGGAGCCACGCUGCUGUACUUGAGGAGGACUUCUACCACAAUGAAUUCCGUGUCGUCUCUGAAGACAUGGCAUCAUCUCGUGGUCGCAAAACCUUGGUUUUCUCUGACCAGUUAGGAAUAUCGAGGUCUUUGCAACAGCACUUGAGUUCAAAAUCUAAAUACAUCUCCUUUACACAUGCUAAGGAUAUCCUGACCCAUGGAUUUCCCACUCUCUUGGCCAACCUCAAGAUUACAGACAUAAAGAAGAACUUUGAGGAGGUUUUGUUUGUGUGGGGUAACGAGGACCUCACAGCUCAUACAUCUGAGAGUGUUCUGGAUAACAUGGUGAACUGCUGUGAGACGUUCCGACAGGUCAUCCUAGAACUUAGAGACACUCGUUUCACAAAUUCCAUCAGAGCAAUAACCUAUCGCUCAGCAGAAACCACAGUUGACCACAUCAGCUCAGGCUUUGCCCUGUCUGGCAUGAUUAGGUCAUGUGCUGCAGAGAUGGCUGAGCUUUCAAUUCAGUGGAUUGACAUCAACUCCAUGUCCACUGAUGACAUUCAAGCUCUGUCACACAUUUUAAGAUCGUAUCCAUGCAGCAAGUACGCUGAGUUGGUGGUGAAAAAUGGGUUGGUUUUCAAUUCUACCAUUGUUCACAUUCCCCUUGAAAAAACGGAGAGCUCAAUCUCUGAAGGGAAAGUCUGCUCAACAACUGAGCCCUGCACAUUUCAGACGACUGACCCAUACAGACUGACUACCUUGUCUGCCAUUCCCUCUGACUUGGAGAAUCAGUACAUUCCUGAUAAGACUGUUGAGAUUCAGCUCAACAAGAUGUGCGUUCAUUCCGCUGAUUACUUCCCCGUCAGCGUAUCUGACCUGAACUUUGGCCAGACACUCUACUGGAGCAAACAUGAUGCUCAGAACCACAAUGUUCUGGCUCUAGACUUCAAUGGUACUGUCACUGCUGUAGGGAAGGGUGUACGCAAACUGAAAGUGGGAGAUCAAGUUGUCUCUUGUUAUCCAGUUGUGGCAUCCACAAAAAUCAUCGUUCCUGAAGAGGCUUGCUACAAGACAAAGAGAUUUCCAUUUCUAAAAGAGACACCAUGUGUUUCUUACUUUGUGUUGGCAUGGGAAAUCAUGAACAGAGCAUUGCCCAAAGUAAAAGAACAAAAGAAAACAUUGGGAAUCGUGACUUCUAUUUGUGACUCAGCUCUACUGAAGGUCCUGUCUCUGACAGCAAGUAAAUCUGGAUGGGGUAUUCAUGUAGGAGGACAGUGCAAUGGUGUUUUUGUAGAUGUUGAUGCAAUAGAUGCAUUUGUCCUCCUACACCCAUUUGAUGAGUCUUUGGUUGCAAAAGCUGUCAAUUUUCCUGGGGUGAAACAUGUUGUCAUUGUCUGUGAAUCCCACACCCAAGGCUUGCUCACCCACACAGUUGUCAGAAGUGAAAAGGAUAGCGUUCGCACACAGAACAUCCUGAUGACUAUUAUCUUACAGAAGGGGUCACUCAGAGCACAGAUGCCACAUGUAUAUCAUUGGCUCAAGUCUUUGAACUUAGACAGGAGGGCAUUUGUUCUCGACAGCUUCACUUUUCAGAGACAGACGUCCGGAAGCAUUGAGUUCCUUCCUUUGGAUGAGCAAAAUUCCUACUUCAGCUCCAGGAUGGUUCCUGUGGUGGCACUGUGCAAGGAGGACUCCAGAGGCGCACUUUCCAAUAUUCCCUUGCAACAGAAACCCUCCCAGCUUUUCCAAAAAAGAGCUGUGUACAUUGUUACAGGUGGUCUGACUGGGCUGGGCUUUGAAACAGUCAGGUUCAUUUCCAAGAAAGGGGGAGGGCAUGUAGUUAUUUUCUCCAGACGUAAUCCCUCACCAGACAUGCAGGUGGACAUAAACAAUGUGGAGAAAGAGACCGGUUCCUGCAUCGUUUGCAUCAAGUGUGAUGUCUCUGUCUCUGAGGAUGUGCAAAAUGCAAUUGGUCAGAUUGGCAAGAAUUUCCGCUCCUGUCCAAUCAGAGGGGUUUUCCACAGUGCCGUUGUCCUGCAUGAUGAGUUGAUUGAAACCCUUGACAAAUCUCUCUUUGAGAAAGUCAUGAAGCCAAAGGUGAAUGGGGCUCUAAAUCUGCACCAUGCAACAGAACAAUGCAAGUUAGAUUACUUUGUGUGCUACUCCUCCAUUUCUGCCUUUAUUGGCAACGCCGCACAAAUUAACUACAGUGCAGCAAACACGUUCCUGGACACAUUCUGUCAGUAUAGACGGAACAUUGGACUGGCUGGGCAGUCCAUCAACUGGGGGGCUUUGAACAUUGGUCUUCUGCUGAACAAAGACCAUUUCCAUAGGUUCCUUGAAGCUAAGGGGCUGAUGGUGAUGGAUGUGGCAGAGAUACAUGAAGGUUUGGAGCAAGCCUUACUGCUAAACAAACCCCAACAGGCAGUGUGUAGGUUUCACUACAAAAACAUUAUCAACAAUAUUCUCCCUAAAAAUGCUGCAUUGAAAGUCCGCCUGAUUGAUGUAAUGGAGAAAACACUCCGCAAAACUCAACUUUCAGACUCAAAAGCAGAUACAACUGUCUCUUUAUCACCUCCUGCUGAAUAUAUCAAAUCUCUCCUCAGUGAAACACUGGGUGUUGACAAGAACGAGCUACAUGAAGAGUCCACCCUCUAUGCCUUGGGCAUUGACUCAAUGCUUGCUAUGACUCUGCAAAAUCGCAUAUUUCAUGAGAGGGGUGUGAACUUGCCCCUGGUUAAAAUCUUAGACCCAGAUGCUUCUCUGUCUACAUUGAUAGCAGUUCUGGGGGAAGGAACAGAGGUUAAGGGUGAUGAUGAGGAAGCAGUCCUCGAUGCAACAAGGCUGUAGGCCUCUCUGAUGCAUAUGUUCAACAUGAAAGCAUAAUCACAUUACAUGGGAAAUGGCAUUAGUUCAUUACAGGAAACAAUUGUUUCAUCAAGAAAAUAUAUUCUACUUGGCAUGGUUAUAAUCAUAAAUUUAAACUGAUGUAAAAAAAGGAAACACAAAAUGCAUUUUUGAACUGAGAUUUUACUAAAAAGGAAAAUUAUGAAGAAAACAAAUGCAAUGCAAAGAUGCAAAACCAACUACACUUGGCUACAAAUCUGAAUUAAUCCAUCGUGAAAACGACGAUUUGUCAAACUGAAACAAAUUAAUCCCAAAACUAAAACUAAACUUCAUAAUAUUGUUACUCGGUAAAGAUCAUAUUAUCAAGAGAAUGUCACUGGAUGUGCAAAAUGCAUCCCAGCAGGAUUUUGAUGACAUUCAGGUAUCAUAAAAUUUCAAGUCAAAGGUAUACUGUAUUGUGUACAAUAAGGAUUUUCUAAAUCAUCAUAGCAUUAUUGUAUGUGAUUACUAAUUUAAUGCAACUGUUAUUAUUUAUUCUGUAAUGUUGUGAAGUCCAAAAUGUAUCACAUUCUCUUACACAUUAACGAUGCAAUGCACAUGCUUUAUUGUUUGAAAAUGUUUUCAAUACCCAGAUGAACAUUGGUGUAUAACCUACA